GACCACGGUCCGGCGAAACCACAGCACGCAUCCCUCACCGCCCUAGGCAAGACAAUAAAAAAAGAAAAAUAAAUUCGCGCGUGAAUCCCGAAGUGAUGUGCAGUGUUGAUAAAUCGUGACUCGAUUCUGGAUUUGUUCAACCGUUUUUUGUUUAUCUGAUUUACAACUUUAUUCGGAUUUCGCAUUGCUGGCUCACUUACGGAUUUUAUUAUGGUGUUCGGGAUAGCGGGAGAAAGUAUAAGACCAAGAUGCUAAUAAUUAUUGGGCCCAGGGCCCACUUGCACGCGGAGAAAUGGUGACGUGUGACAACGACAGCGCGCCUCUCAGCGGGUUCCGCCUGGGCGCGCGCGACGAUGAGACGCGCAGAUCGCGCGCACCCAGCGUGUCUUCCCUCUCGCUGUACAAGCAGAAGAUAGACGCGCUCUUCGACGACACCCGCUCGGUCGCCAGCCUGCCGCACUAUGGACAAAUGACCGUUUCUGAACUGGGAAGGAGGGACAGCAAGGUCAGUUCCGCUCGAGAUAGUAAAGCGACGAUAUACGAAGAUGAUGAUGACGACUAUUGUCAGAAUAAAAUCAACAAGAUUAAUAAUACGGUCCAGGAUCGAAUAGAGAGGAUGUUCGCAGACAUGGCCGGGGAGUCCAAGCCUACUUCGGAAAACAUUGGAGUCCACGUGUUCAGUGUUCACUAUCUAGGAUCUACACCACUACAAAAUAAAGUCACCAGCCUAUCAGGACUCCAGACUCCACUGAAGGAUUUGUAUUUCGCAUAUAGAAGAAAUUUCCGCCAUAAAUGCACCCUCACUGGUCGGUUAGAAAUAUCUAAAAGUGGAUUAAAAGUAAGAUAUAAAGGCGAAAAAGGUGACCUUGAGCAACUAAAUCCUUUUCCUACAAUAGCAGUCUGGUCCGCUGUGAAGUUCGUCGUUCAACCUUCGGACGACGGAGGAGACUUGGGCUAUGCGUUCCUUCCCCUCAUCACCGAUCCGGACAACAUCGAUCGUCACGCUCUAUUUAGAACUCUAGAAUCACAAGACAGAAAAUACAUCCUCUCCCACAACGAAAAUUCUCAUUCACCACUUUUCGCUGUUGUGAUGAGGAAAAUCGGCGUCGCUAAGCAAUUGGAGUGUCAUGGGUUUGUAUGUCAGACGACGGAAGACGCUAUUGUGAUAGCAGCCACGCUAUACAAGUCCCUCAUGUCACACAUGAGUAGACAAGGCCAUACUGACAAGAAGAAACUGAAGAACCGAAACGGUGUAAGUUGUAUGAGUGUGACGAGUAGUCUCUCUCCGAAUGAUGUUCCUGUCAGGCCGCCCCGUAAGAAGCGAAGUACGUCGUCCAUGAGCGGAGACAGUGACCGAGCAGAUGGUUUCUCUGCCAGCGAAUCGUUUCACGAACGGUCUAGACAUGAAAGGAUUAAAAAGAUCUCAUCGGAGAGCUUACCUCAGCUUCCACCCCCUCCAUCUAUACCUCCCGCCGAAAUUAAACGAAUCACAGUUGAAGAAGUGAAGGCUAAAUUAGACUCGAUAAAGCAUAAUGAUACGAGCGGUAGCGACACUCAAGGAUCUAAAAAGUCAAUGGGGAAGAAGUCUCUGAACCCCAAUAUAAAUAAGCUUCAAAAUAUGCACAACGCCCAAAGCAGUAACGAAUCCUCUGUUAGAAGUAAGGUGUCAGAAAAAAUUGAAUUAUUUAGGGAGUUAGAGAGACGUAAGAAUCUGCAAAGACCACCGACUGUACCACCACCUAUACCUUCUAAGCCACCAUCGGACCCCCCACCAGAGCCUCCGAAAGAACCUUUAGGAAGAACUCAAAGUGGGAGGAAAUCAUUAAACGAGUCUGGGGACAUAUUAACUAAAGUAGCCAUUCCGCGAUCCGGAAGCUUCCUCAACGCCGGGGGACUCACGAGGUACAAGUCGAUCGGACACAGAAACAACGGUAAGAAAGGAGGUGGGUCGCCGUUAGGGUUCAACGAACUUUUCAAUGAAUUCAAAGUUCAGGAGAACUUACACUCUAUGGAUGAGAUCCUCAACGCCAUUAUAGACGCAGAAGGAAUGUCCUUCAACGACUUGAAACCGAUAUACAAAGAAUUCCUAUUAAAAUUAGCAGUUACACUAACAAAAGACGAAAUAUUCCAGCACAGUAAAGCAAUCAUGAAGAAACAGAAAAAGAAAAUAUUAAGAAGAAACAGUGUUUUCCAGAAUAAGAGACGAAAGAUAUUUAAAGGAGCAAACGGUCUUCGGAUGGUAUUCAGAAUGCCAUUUGGAAAAGAUGUACGGAAGAAGGAGAUGAAGAAGCAGCUUUCUUCGUUCGAUCUACAGAACAUCAACAACAACAAAGAGCCCGUAUCUGAGAGUUCAGUGUCGACGUCCAGUUAUGAUCUAAGACAUUUUCGACCGAAAGAGCCUAUAGUACCGCCGCCGAAAAGGCCAGGGACUCGACAACGAAGUUCGAAGCGCUCAGAUAAAAUUGUGCAGGUGUCAAAACGUAAUGGCAAAGUGUCGAGACCAGGAGAAAGGACUUCGACGUCGGAAGAUUCCGAUUUCUUGACUCUGAGUAAUCGACUGGGAUGCCAGAACAGAAACAGUUCAAGCGGAUAUGUGUCUUGCUCCGAAUGCGAAUCAGAGAGUUGCGUCGAUCGCUGCUACUGCUCGCUGAAGGGUGACUGCAAAUCCAAAUGCUACUGCUCCGCAGUCGAAGAGCACAGAGACUCAGCCAAGACAAGACUUUUGAGUAAAAGCAAAAGUUGCAAGGAUUGCUCGAGGGAAGUAUACGACGCCGACUUCAGCUACUGCUCCUGCGACUCCGAGAGCUGUGCGGAUAGCAACAAGUGCUACUGCGCCGGCCCUCGAAGGACCACCAUGCAGACCUCCCAGAGUUUAGAAUACUUGAAGAGCCCCUCAAAGAAGACCUAUGCCGAACAGAUGAAGAGGACCUUUGACGAGUACGAACAUAAAGGCAGUAGGAACAGAUCCAGCGGCCUCUCCAGCCGACGCCGCGAGGAGCGCAGCCGGCGCGCGCGCAGUUCCGACAGCCUCGCAUUAGACUACGAGCUGCUGCUGCAGAACAAGGCCAGGGACACCCGGAGCCGCAACAUGCAGAGGCUUACAGGUGUGUUGCGAAGUACGGGAGCGGGCUCCCACGAUGCUCUCAGCGUGAAGAAAUCUGCUGAAAUGGCGGCCCUGUUCGCUGACGUACGGCUGUCCCAGAGAACAGACGUUCGCUCUCUGGCUGGUGGGCGACGGUCGCGGCCCCCACCCUUGCCCCCCUCUCCCCCUCGUGCUGCCCCACCCCUGGCGAGGAUGUUCGACCACCGCCCGUUGAGCAGAAACGCGAGUCUUGAAGACACACUGGGGUAUCUACCUUAGAUCUGGUAGAUGGGGCUUAUGAAAGUCUGGAACUAAUAGCAACUGAAAAUCUGGAAAAUCUUGAGAUAUCAAUAGGUCACUAAUGCCCGUUUUCACCAUCAAUCCCUAAUUUUUAAGUGUCUAUGAAAACAAAAUUCCUGUUAUUUGUUACCAUAGCCGCUUUGUUUGUCACCUGUCAUCCGCUUUGCAACGGAGGGAAGUCGAACCUUAAUUUCGAACUCCUCCUAUGUUCUUCUGAUUAAUUUCGUUGCGGGUCCAAUGACAGUUUAACUUUCCCCCGGGACAAAAUUGACCUUUAUUGGUUGGGUUUUUGUGGCGGUCAAGCUGUAGAUCCUGGCUACAUAGGAGUUGCAGUGGUGGGAACGAGAGGUGGGAAUAGUCCCGUACCAUAGCCGCUUAAAAAUUUGGGAUUGACGGUGAAAACGGGCAUAAGUCUUCUUCACUGCAGGAGCAAGGUGCUCUCAUAUUUAUCAAAGGCUGAUGAAGGAUCUGAAAACAGUAACUGAUGUUAUUCCAUGAAAGUAAGAAAGAAACACCAUUGAUUGCCAAAAAUUUUGCUGAAGUCAAUCACUGGUAGAUUUCUAUUACGUACAACUUUAUUUACCAGAUUUUCUAUUGGUGCAGAACGUAAUUCUCUGCAUGCAGUACCAGUUAUCCUGGUUAUAGGUAUACCCGUUCCUACCCGAGCAUGCAGUCUUGUAUACUAGUUCAAUACUACUUUUGAGUCACAAUACUUGAGGAGUUCUUUAGGGAAACCCACGAGAUCCUCUUUCUCCAAGGUUUGAAGUUGGCAGAUCGACUACAUUCAUUAGAUUACUUACAGUGCAGUUACGUACAGACCGUUCCUCUCGAUGAUCGAUUGAUUAUACGCGAAAUAUUGAGGAUAUUCUUCGUACUUAUCAUGUUCAUGACGUCCAGAUGUGCGUUAAAGAUCGGCAAAUAUCAUAAUAAACCUAUGAAUGAGACGAGGUGUGUUAGUCUCAUUCGAGCAGGGUUUGAGAACAUUUUAUUUGAUCACCAUCGUAUUUAAGGUCUAGCGAUGAUUUUGUGUCUUUUUUAUACUUAAUAUUUGUGAUAGUUGAAGUAAAUAUUAACAUUCAUGAAGCCAAAAUUAAAGUUACAAAGAUUAAUCAUUUUGAAAUUUCAACCUAUUUUUGAAUUGAUAUUGAGAAAUAAUGUAUUAUUAAAUUGUUUACCGUAACCUUAAUAAAGGCAAGUAGACCAUAAUAAUUAUUAAUAUUUUUUGCCAAAAUACAUGUAAAAUGUCUGAGAGAUUUAAUUGUUAUUAGUAAUAAUAAUUUCCCUGAAAUCGUCUUGUAUAAUUUCAAUAACACACGUAUACCACCUUAUUAUAAAAUAAGGAUUUUAAGUAUAACGAUUGUUCUUAACUUAACUUAUGUAUGUAGUUAUUUAUUGUCGAAAAUAACCUUUAUUAUACAUAGGUGCAAUUUAUUGAGUCACUUCUAUGUUAUAGGUAUUUAGGUAGGUAAUGUCUCAUUAGUCUUACAUAACAUACAUAUUACGGUAUACCUACUAUGAAACGAUUUUAAAUGGUGAUACAGCGCAUUGUUUUGUUAUCUUAGUGAAUUGGUUAAAGGACUACGAAGUUUGUUACUAUUUUUUAAGUGAUAGUCAACGCCUUUGUAAAAUUUGUCAGCAAAUUCUCAUCUCAGUGAAUGUUUCGAUCAAAACUUGGAUGGAUUUUUGUGUUUAAAUUCAAUUUGUAUAAUAUUUAAAAUACUAAAUAAACAUGUGUCCUAUUCCCUUUUAAAUGGAAGAAAAUAUUUAUAAAACAAUGUGUUGUUGCUAUAAUAGCAAAUGUACUUAUAAGGUAACUAAAUCAUUAUCGUUUCAUAGUAUCAUUGAUGUUGUUUGUAGUUAUUGUUUGUAUAUUAGUAUAGAAUUUUAGCUUACCUACUACGCAUUUGUUGAUCUUACCAAUGUAACUGUGCAAUCUCGGUGCAAUAUUUUGUAAUGAUAAGUGCUGGCUCACCUGCCGUGUGCAAUAUUUCGCUGUAAAUAUUUUUGAUUGAGGAAUAAAUAUAAUAAAGUUAUAA